AUGCCCUCAGAGGAAACGCUGGAGCAUCUGCGCUACUUUUGCUCCUGGAACUUUGACAUCUUUCGACUCACUGUGCUGUGCGCGGGUAGCCCCAUGGUGGCACUGGGUCUGCGUCUCUUUGAGGCGCAUGGUCUGUUUCAGACCUGCCCCAUCCAUGUUGACCAGGUGGCUCGCUUUUUCUACCAUAUUGAGCGACGCUAUGCCACCAUUGACAUGGUACCUUAUCAUAACAACCAGCAUGGUACCGAUGUGAUGCACUCUGUCCAUGUCAUGCUCUCCACCUUGGUGGCCUCGUUUACGCCGCUCGAGGUGUUGUCCUGCCUCAUUGCCGGAGCGGGCCACGACGUGGAACACUUUGGUCGUACCAACGUGUAUCUCAUCAAGAAGCGUCACAACCUGGCCAUGCUGUACAAUGACCGGAGCGUGCUCGAGAACCACCAUGCUCGUGUCACCUUUGACGUCAUGUUCAACGAGCCUGAAUGUAAUUUGAUUGCAGGCUUCCGACCCGAUGAACAGAAAGACAUUCGCAAACUUGUGGUGGAUAUGAUCAUGGCCACUGACAUGGUCAAACACGCCCGCAUCCUUGAAGAGUUGGUCCGCUUUGUCGACAAGCUCACCAACGGCGUACGUUCAUCUCGCAUUUGCUUUUCCCCGCUUUUUUUUGCCCACCUCGACGCUCUGGCCCACUGCAUGGUCCACAUGGCCGAUCUGGGUUCUGCCACCAAAGAAUGGAGACUUUGCAAAGAGUGGACUGACCGCCUCAUGGAGGAGUUUUUUGACGAAGGUGACGCGGAGCGUGCCGAUGGUCUGCCCGUCGGUGCACUCAACGAUCGCUUUAAGGUCGAUACUCCCAAGGCCCAAAUUGGCUUCAUCACCUAUGUCUGCCAACCCUUGUGGCAUCAGUGGAACCGGCUCGUCAAUCGCAAUGCAGACACCGUU